GUAGCCGUUGAGGAUCGGUUACUUCAUUUUAGUAUGAUCAGAUAAACUUUAAAUUAAUGUGUGUUGGUACAGUAUUAAAACAGUAGAUGGUUGUUGUUGUUGUGGUUGUUGUUUUUGUUGUUGUUUUUGUUGUCGCUGUUGCUGUUGUUACUGUUGUUGUUGCUGCUGUGUUGCUGCUGCUGCUGUUGUUAUUGUUGUUGCUGCUGCUGCUGUUUCUGUUGUUGUUGGUUGUUGCUGUUGCUGCUAUUGUUGUUGUUGUUAUUGUUGCUGUUGUUGUUGCUAUUGUAGUUGUUGUUGCUGCUGCUGUUGUUGUCGCUGUUGUUGUUGUUGUUGUUGUUGCUGCUGCUGUUGUUGCUGUUACUGCUGCUGCUGCUGCUGCACGUAUGGUGCUAUAGCUCAGUUGGUUAGUUAGAGAGUCAUGUUAUGGAGUGACUACAUCCGGAACCCUACAGGGUUACAAGACAAUGAUGGUGAGCUAUGGCAUAAUUUCUAGGGCAAAAACUUACACAAUAGGCCAAUCCGCAACUCUACCAUUUAAAUUAACAACUACUAUGUUUGGGUUGCGGUGGGACUAAAUAUGUGUUUACCGUACAUUUGCAAGAACCUUGUUGCAGUAUUGAUUGCAUCAUGGGAACUGCCUUGUUUGAA